AUGUCUCGGAGAUUGAACAAAAGGCAGCAAAGAGAACUUGAAGAGCUUCAGGCUCUUGGAGGAUCUCCAGGACUUGAUCAGGAUGCAGCAGAGUCGGAGGAGGAACCCGUUGCUCGGCCUCAGAAAGCUGCAGCUGGUUUCGCAGCGUUAAUGGGCACUGAGGAUGACAACGAAAACGAAAGUGAAGACGAUGAGCCCAAAGCGAAGGCCAAGAAGUCGAAGAAGAAGAAAAAGAAGGCGGGAACUCCUGUUGUGGAAUCUCCCAAACCAGCCAGUACACCCCCUCCAAAGUCCACACCCACUCCAACCGCCAAAAGCGAAAAGAAGGCGCUUAAGAGGGCGAAACAGAAGGAGAAAAAGGCGGCCGACGAUGAAUUGGAGCAGGCUUUGAAGGAACUGGCGAUCAAGUAUCCCCCGUCACAAAAGAUCAGUCAGAAAACGGCUGGUGGACAAGGUUUCUCAGAUCUUAUCUCAGUCUCCCCUCAACAUCUCGACCCCGAUGCCGAAAUGCGCAAGUUCUUUGGAAGCAAGGUCGUACAAGCAAACAGGGCUGGAUCAUCCUCUGGUGCAAGCGCUCAAGCUCGUCGCAAAGCAGCUACUGUGCGGUCCGUUUUGACACGACCUCAACCGACUUGGUGGGCCGCAAAGGCGAGGGAAGGACUGUCCAUUCGACCCUUGACGGAUGAGGAGGUUCAGGCCAAACUGAAGGGCCAAGAGUGGGAACCUGUGCAUGAUGAUAAGUGGUGGACGGUCGAGUAUAGCAAGAGAUACAAAGCGUUAACCAAGGUUUUCAUGCGGACUGUGGCGUCUGGAGAACACGCCCAGGCCGUCGACUUUGUCGAUCGAGCCCUCUUCACCUAUGAACGUGCUUUCGUUGGUGCCUUCAACUUCACCGUAGGCGCUAAUCGCCUCGACUUUGACCGCGUCGAGAACCGCCCCUUCUUCCUCGCCAUCCACCGACAGGUCGCAGACCUGAAUCGCAGAGGAUGCGUUCGGACAGCCUUGGAGUUUGGGAAACUCCUCUACUCCUUGGACCCAUGGGGUGAUCCUCACGGGUCCUUGCUUCAUUUGGAUUAUCUUGCCAUCAAGGCUGGGAUGCAUCAGUGGGUGAUCGACCUUUGUGACAUCUUCACUGCUCGUCGCGAGGAGACGUCGAAGUCGAAGGCGGAUGCUCGGAUUGAUCCCAGUCUCCUUCCUGGGUUUAGCUACGCUCGAGCUUUGGCUCUACGGAUAGCUGAGGAAUCUGGUCAGAAGGGCCGUACAUCCAGCACGGAAGCUUUGAAAUCUGCCAUGCAAGACUUCCCAUCAGUAUUACCUCUUUUGGUGGACAAGCUGGACGCUACUCUUCCCGUCGCCAUUCGAUCGCAUCCAGAUUUCAAAAUUGAAACAAACGCCGAUCCACUUUCAACCCCUGUUGCUGCUCUUCAUCUCCUUUCACACCUCUACGUCCAACGAUCCAAUACAUUAUGGAAAGAACAUACCGACUGGCUGACCACCACAGCCACCGAAACGUUUGAAAAGCUCCCCUCCCGCCUCCCAGUUACCCCUACCCGCCAGGCCUUCCUCGACCUCUACGAGCACCCCGGUCCUCGCUUCGCAGCAUACCGCCACCUUAUCGUCCUCGAAAGUGAUCAUCGAAGUCUAUUCCCAUUCAUCCCUCGAACGGUGCAACAGAAUUCGAGGUCGCUGAGCUGCGAUCCACUGCCUCCAACGACGGCGGUCAGCUCCUACGAUGAGGCGUUCUUCGAUGGUGUUGAUGAUCUACUGUCGUUCAGAACGCGCACACGGAGGGAGAGGGCAAUGGAUGAGAGGCGCUUGGCGCAGAUGAUCCCGGAUGCUGCAUUCCGUCAGCAACUCGAAGCAUUCUUCAACGGCAACCGUGGCCUUCAAGAACGGUUCCAGGGCGGAAUUCUUCAGUUCGCUCAAGCCGUCGCCCAGCUUCCACCAGAAGUGCUUGAGGACAUGAUGCUAGCUGAAGCCAUGGGUGGAGGACCUGGUUUGAUGGCUGGGGGUCUUGGAGAUGGAGGUGGGAUGCCGGGUGGCUUCGAUGAGUUGGAAGCUGCGGGGUUGGAGAUUGCAGAUUUGAACGCGGAUGGUGCCCAGCCUCUUGCAGUCCACUUGCAGCAGGUUGAACGAGCCGGUCAGGAAGAGGAGCAGGAGGAAGAGGACUUUGAGGACGAUGAAGAGGACGAGGAGGAUGACGAGGAGGAUUAUUCGCCCAUGCCGCGUGCGAUCAGAAAUCUCCUUGGAAGGCUUUGGGGACGAACUGCGACCGCAGAGGAUGAUUCCUCCGAUGAUGAGGAAACUGAGCUUCUGGACAACAAUGGGGUUGAUUAA